AUGGCCGGCUCCCGAGAGAGAUUACUCUACGAUAAGCGUCCAGAAUUCGACCAAUACGAUACUAGAAGACGACACGACUCUUGGCACGAUAGAGAAAUUAGAAGAUAUGGAAAUAGAUCAGAACGCUACGAACGUCCUAGAAGAAAAAAUGGUUAUGUAUACGAAGAUAUCUAUUCAGAUUUCGAUGAGGCGCAAGGUCGUUUAUCUUUAUUUAGACCAAUAAGGCCUGAGUACCUCAAUUUGCCGACGUCAUACGAUGUUAAAUACAAUUCGUUGCCUAGAAAUUACUACAAUUAUGACGAUAGAAAUGGACGGAGAUAUAAAAAGGACUAUUAUGACUUCCGAAUCGACGAUAGACGGAGACCGCGAGAGUCUUAUGAACCGUAUAGAAAAAGAACGGAAAGACCAAAAGAAGUAUCUUAUGAACGAAAAUCGAAGCCGUCUAAUGCAGCAACUGAGAACACUAUACCCAAAAACGUAGCCGUGUGUAAACCACUUCGUUUGAGCGAUAAAAACACUAGAUAUUGGACCACAGAAGCACCGGAAAGAAAGCCUCGUCCUAAGAAGACUGACGAGACCAAAAAGAAUGUUAAAUUCUCUGAAGUUUCGGGUUGUAACCGAAAAAUGAUUGUUGACGAUCCGAUUUGUGGAAAGAGAGUGGUUCCUGUAAGAGAGUUAGAAGUCUCCUUAGACCAAAUGAUACAGAAUGGUUAUUUUGAAAAGCACAAUAUUAAUAUAUCGAGAGCUAUGGAGAGAAACUCGAAUGGCAAGGAAGAGAUAGCUGUAGGUGGUGUGCCAAACGGGAAAUGCUUAUCGGGAACGAACGAGGCGAAGGAAAAGUUGCCACCGCGUAAAACAAGACAUUUGCCGCAGGUUCUGGCCGCGCUUGCAGUGUCUUUGGCACCAUUUUCCGCUGGUCUGGGCAAGGGCUACAGCUCACCUGCUAUUGCGUCUUUGCAAGGGCCUGGUGCUAAUGCUACCAGGAGAGACUUCCAACUGACAGAUCAGCAGGCUUCGUGGCUGGCGUCUCUUUCAUUCUUAGGUGCACUCUUCGGCGGCAUGGCAGGAGGAGCAGCAAUGCGUCACGGUCGUCGCCGGGUCUUGUCCCUGGCAGCAGCACCAUGCAGUCUCUCCUGGCUGCUCACAGUCCUGGCCACAUCCGUCAGGAUGAUGUGCAUUACCGCCUUCCUGGGAGGAUUUUGCUGUUCUAUUCUGACUAUGCUGUCACAGGUGUACAUCAGCGAGAUAUCAGUCCCAGAUAUACGGGGCUGCCUCAGUGCCGUCCUGAAAAUCGUCGGCCAUCUUGGAGUCUUAUUCAGCUUUACCAUCGGUGCCUAUCUAGACUGGCAGCAACUAGCGCUUUGCAUAUCAGCUGCUCCUCUACUUCUCUUCUGUACCGUUCUCUACAUACCAGAAACGCCAAGCUAUCUCAUGUUAAUAGGGAAAGAUGAGGAAGCCUACAAAAGUUUGCUAUGGUUACGGGGACCCAACUCCGAUGUCGCUCAGGAAUUAGCGACUAUACGGACAAACGUCCUCGCGAGCAAGAACUUCAGUCAAAGGCAAAGUCAAAUGUCAGGCACACAAUUCAUCAAUUCACUCGAUGUAAGAACUAUGAACAGGUUACUCGGCCCUAUCCUAGUUACUUGUGGAUUGAUGAUGUUCCAACGCUUUUCUGGCGCACAUGCCUUUUCUUUCUACGCGGUUCCCAUUUUUAGAAAGACUUUCGGUGGCAUGAACCCUCACGGUGCUGCUAUAGCUGUCUCCUUCGUUCAGCUGCUCGCGUCAUGUCUUUCAGGUUUAUUAAUUGAUACCGUUGGUCGACUUCCACUAUUGAUAGUCAGUUCAGUCCUCAUGUCCAUGGCAUUAGCCGGUUUUGGCAGUUACGCGUACUACGAAGAAGUGCAUAGAAAUCAGAGAAUUCAAAACGUGAUGUUCCAUCAGACAAUUGGACAGAAUGAUUGGAUUCCUCUGUUAUGUGUGCUGGUGUUUACGAUAGCGUUUUCCUUGGGCAUGAGUCCGAUAUCCUGGUUGCUUAUUGGGGAACUAUUCCCCCUGGAGUACAGAGCGUUUGGCAGCGCAAUGGCUACAGCGUUUAGUUACCUCUGCGCGUUCGUUGGAGUCAAAACAUUUGUAGAUUUCCAACAAACUCUUGGUUUGCACGGAGCGUUCUGGUUGUACGCGUCUAUAAGUGUUGGAGGUCUUUGCUUUGUGGUCUGCUGCGUUCCGGAGACAAAGGGUAAGGAUUUGGAUGAAAUGGAUCCAAAUUAUGUACAAAGUCUCUCGCCUAAAAGGUAA